GGUGUGGGGGCUUGGCUUCACCGUCAACGCAGAACCCAAAUCUUGAAAAGUUCGUUGUUGGAAGGGUUAAGAGUGCGUUCCAUUUCCCAGAAUGUUCACAUGUAAUUGCCCCCCCUAACAUCACAAAUUACGUCCACAUUCAACACUCCCAAUACACUACACUUCAUAUUACAGAUUCCCCUUUUCACAACCUUCUUUUCUUUUCUUUUCCUCCCCCCUCCCAGGAAACAGAAUAGUAUUUCUUGUGAUGGCUACCUUGGGAAAUUCAACUAACAUCUUCUGGCACGAAUGUCCUGUCGGGAAGGCGGACAGACAAAAGCUGCUUAAUCAACAGGGAUGUGUCGUAUGGAUCACUGGCCUCAGUGGAUCGGGAAAAAGUACACUUGCAUGCUCACUGGGCAGAGAAUUGCACUCCAGGGGAAAUCUGUCAUAUGUUCUUGAUGGAGACAACCUUAGGCAUGGUCUUAACAAGAAUCUCGGUUUCUCACCAGAAGAUAGGACAGAAAAUAUUCGCAGAGUCGGGGAAGUUGCAAAGCUCUUUGCUGAUGCUGGGUUAAUUUGCAUUGCUAGUCUGAUAUCUCCUUAUCGAAAGGACCGUAAUGCUUGUCGUGCUUUGCUUCCCGAUGCAAAUUUUGUUGAGGUUUUCUUAAACAUGCCUCUAGAAUUGUGCGAAGGAAGAGAUCCGAAAGGUCUUUACAAGCUUGCACGUGCUGGAAAGAUCAAAGGUUUUACUGGAAUAGAUGAUCCUUAUGAACCGCCUUUAAAUUGUGAGAUUGAGAUAAAACAGAAAGAUGGAGUUUGCCCUACGCCUAAUGAGAUGGCGGGGCAAGUUGUAUCAUAUUUGGAGGACAAAGGAUUUCUGCAUGCUCAGUGAUUUACGUUUAAAUUUGAGACCUUUUAAAUUUUUUCCCUGUAAAUUAGAAGAUAACAUGAUCAACAUACUACAGCUAUACCUUUUUACAAGAAAGAUGCAAGAAUAGGGAGUCCGAUCGAGCAUGCCGAUUUCUAUUUUCCAUGGUAAUGGCUCGGGUCGUAGUGCCGAUUCUAUGGUAGAUUGGUGCAAGUGGUAGUGCUCGAUGUAUUUUUGUUCUAUAUUUAUAUUCCCAGUUUAAUACUUGACAGAGGUUGUGGUCACAUAUGUGAAUUCUGUAAGAAGUUUCAGUUUGUGCUCUGGUUAAGUUUAUGUUUAAUCAACUUUGGAAUUCAAUC